UUGGAAUCCGGCGUUACUUGUCAUGUUCCAAUUGAGUAGCAGCAAGUAAUAAUUAAUUAAACCUCCACCCCCUCCGGCGAAGAUGGCUUCGAGCAGCAGCAGAUUGAGUAUUCUUCCUCUGCUCAUUCUCAUCUUUCAUCUCUCCGUUCCUCUGCGCAGCUGCUGUUUCGGAGAGCGCACACUAGCGAUGAUCAAACCCGAUGGGAUUGUUGGCAACCACACACAUUUCAUCAAAACCACUAUUCUCGCUUCUUCCUUUACUAUACUCCAGGAGAUCACUCUUCAGCUCGACCGCCACACUGCUCAGGGAUUCUAUGCUGAGCACUCCUCAAGGACCUUCUUUCCCGACCUUAUCGAUUUCAUCACCAGCGCUCCCGUGUUGAUCAUGGUAUUGGACAAGGUGAGUGCGGUAUCAGACUGGCGUGCUUUGAUUGGACCUACGGAUGCAAGUAAGGCCAAGCUCACUCAUCCUCACAGCAUCAGAGCUAUGUGCGGGGUAAACGUACAAAGGAAUUGUGUUCAUGGUUCAGAUUCAACUAAAUCGGCGGCGAGGGAGAUAUCCUUUUUCUUCAAUCACACGGAUUCAGGUGGAAAUGUUUCAGAACACGAUGAACUGUAAAUUGUCAAUUGAGAACACCUGCGCUUAAAAUACUAUGCCAAGGAAUCUUUAUACAUGCAGAUACCUUAUAGAAAUGAAAAGUUUCAUCCUUGGUAAGUAGCCAGCUGAUAGUCAUACGGUAGUUUACUUUAAAUCUUCCAGUAUGUCACACACCCUUCUCUCUCUAUUCUGUUGUACUUUAUCACACUGGAAAAUAAGACAUGUUUGACUGAAAUUAAAUUUCUGGAUAAUCUUGGCUUGCGUGUUACUUCAAUUAAUUUUGGUCUGCAUUCGACAUUAUAUGUAUUUAUGUAUGAAUGUUGGCAAUUUUAGUAUUGUCAUUUUGAUAUGUACAAUAACUGCUCUUUUAAAAAGUAUGAUA